AUGGCAGGUAUGCCUCUGAAAAGAAAACAAUCAUCUGGAUGUCAAAAUAGGAAGAACCAAAAAAAGAGAUUGGCAUCUACUAAAUCUCUUGCAGGUUCUUUUGAUAAGUUUUUGAUUAGGAAUCAACCAAUAGUUGGGAACACCACCAACGAAGAUGAUGCUACAGCUGAUAAGGGUAUGAAUGAGGGGAAUGAGAACGAUGGUAUUGCUGAUAAUGGCAUGAAUGAGGGGAAUGGGAUUAAAGGUGCUGAUGGUGAUAAUAGAGAUAGAAAUGAGGAUGAUGCAAACACAACAGCAGAAAAUAAUGAAGUUGGAAAUUGUGGUGAUAAGUUAACAGAUAGAGACAUGCUUGAUCCAGGUACUUGGGAAACAAUUGAUAAAAAACUUGUUGAUUUUUUGGUAGAGAAGGGUCCGGUAAGAGUUGACAAUAUCAUAUUCCCUAGAGAUGACAAGAACGAUUGUUUCUCUAGCUAUCAUUACUUUCGGAAAUUGAGCAAUUUUGAGAAACAAGAUAGAAGAUGGUUAGUGUAUUCGAAAACUUUGGACAAGGUAUUCUGUUUUUGUUGUAAACUGUUCAUGAAAAGGGAAAGUAAUUAUCAGUUGUGCAGUACUGGGUUUAAUGAUUGGAAUAACCUAAGUGGAAGACUUGCAAGUCAUGAAAACUGUGGAGUGCAUCAUCGUUGUAUGUAUGAUUGGCUUGAGUUGGAAUUAAGAUUGAGAAAGGAAAAAACUAUCGACAAAAGAAUACAAGAACAGAUCAACAAAGAGAGAAAACAUUAUAAAGAAGUAUUGGAGAGGAUGAAGGAUGGAGUGUUGUUUCUAGCGAAGAAUGGUUUAGCAUUUCGUGGAGAUAAUGAGAAAGUUUAUAUAAAAAACAAUGGUAACUUCUUAAGCUUCAUAGAGACACUUGGAAAAUAUGAUCCCGUGUUAAAGUAUCAUCUGGAGAGCAUUGAAAAGAAUGAAAUGCGUACUCAUUAUCUCAGCCACAAGAUUCAAAACGAACUGAUUUAA